AUGAAAACCUGUAAAUCCAGUCCCUUGGAUUUGGGCAUAGAAUCGGACGUGCAGUGCAGGAGUGGACCAGGCUGCGUUGUGAAGUGCGGCUCGGAAAGGAUGGAGAACGCCGCGAAGAGGAGACUGGCCGCCAACGCCAGGGAGAGGAGACGGAUGCAAGGGCUCAACACGGCCUUCGAUCGCUUGAGAAAGGUGGUUCCGCAGUGGGGUCAAGACAAGAAGCUGUCCAAGUACGAGACCCUUCAGAUGGCUCUGAGCUACAUCAUGGCUCUCACCAGAAUACUCGCCGAAGCAGAGAGAUACAGUUCGGAGCGAGAAUGGCUGAGCCUUCACUGCGAACACUUCCACCCCGAGAGCUGCCACCAUUACGCGGGACAGAAAAUGGCAGCGGACAGCGAUCCUUACACGCAGCGAAUAUUCACCUACCACCCUGAACACUUCCAAAUAGCUAAUUAG